CAUGUUAGUAAGUGGUUUGUAUUCAUCAUGGCUUCCGCGGGUUAGAAAUCAAUUGAAUUAAAUUUAUAAAUUUUGUUUAUUGCAAUUAAAUUCAUUAUAAUAUAACCAAUACGAUUGUUAAUUAACCUAAUUUAAAUAUUUUUAUUGUAUUGAGGUUUCACCAGUGAUAAUAAUUGAACCAAUAAUGAAUUCCUGUGAAGAAUCAGAAUCAUCUGUCUGUGAUACUCUAGAUCUAAGUGGUCAAGGGCUUAAAAAAUUAAGUCGUUGUCCAUCAGACGCAGACAUUAAUACUUUAAUCGUCGACGAUAAUGAACUUCAGAGACUUGACAAUCUCGAUACUUACCACAGAAUUACAAAGCUCUCUAUUGUACGUAAUCAGCUUUUACGAAUGUAUGGAGUAUCGAAAUUACAUAAUUUAGUUACACUAAAUUUAGCUAACAAUGGAAUUUUAACAAUUGAAGGCAUUAAAGAUAUGCCAAAUUUAACAACUUUGUGUUUAGCUGGAAAUAAUAUCAAAUCUAUUGAACAUUUGCAUUCUAAUACAAAAUUACAACAUCUGGAUUUAUCUGAAAAUAGUAUCAGUCAUAUUUCCGAUAUUUCUUAUUUAAGAAAUUUAAAAGAAUUAUUCUUACACAAUAAUCGCAUUAUAACGCUACGACAGUCUGAAAGAUACUUGCCAACAUGCUUAGAGACUCUAACAUUAGCAAACAAUAAUAUUACAGAUUUAAAUGAGAUGUCACAUCUCAGUGGAUUGACAAGUCUUAUUAAUUUUUCUAUUGCUAAUAAUCCUUGUGUUAGUGCUACAGGUAAUAUUUAUAGUGGUUUUGACUAUCGUCCAUUUGUCAUAAAUUGGUGUAUGAGUCUAAAAUCAAUCGAUGGAUAUGCUGUUGAUCCAAUUGAAAGUUUAAAAGCUGAAUGGCUUUAUUCUCAAGGACGAGGGAGACAAUUUCGUGUUGGUGAGCAUUUAUUACUUACUCAAUAUUUAGCAUCAGUUUGUCCAUUAUCGGGCGAAUGUCUCGAAAAUGAAACUGACAGAAAACUUAGAUUAAUAUUGAGUAAAGCACAACAUCACCAACAACAACUUAAUCAACAAACUGAUACCAGUAAUGUUCACGGUAUGACAUCAUCACCAGCUGCUAGACGAAGACUAGGUCCUAAUCGUACCAGUUCACCAAGACGUCCAACUUUUAUUUCAUUAGGUUCAUCAUGUAAUUCCAUACGACUGAGAUCACCAGAUCGAAUGGUAGCAAGUUGUCAUACUGAAACUAUGUUAUCAUCUUGUCAUGGAACUUUAGCUGAUAAUCAUGAACUACUGAUGACUCAAAGUCUUGAUCCUAAUAUGUUGUGCAAUACAUUUAAUAAUAAAUCAAAAGAAUCUGGGUUGAAAGAUAUUGAAGAAACUUCAAGUCCUCUACAAGCAGCAACGAAACUAGUACCUGUACCAGAAUCAUUGAUGAGCCCAGAUUUUCGUCCACCUUCUGGUCUAUCACGAAUUCUUCCAAAGACUCCACCAAGUCGACUUAAUUCACCAAUACAGAGCAUUGUACCUGUUAAAAUUAACAACGAAAGUAAUACUAAACCUGUUUCAAUCAGCAAUACGUCAAAUACAGUUGCUGCUAAAAGUAAUGUAGGAGUAUUAAAAGCAAAUUCAUUAAUGAAAAGUAAUUCAGCGUCAAAUUGUAUUGGAGGAAAAACAAAUAUUGGUAAACCCGUUACGACAAAUACAAACGGCAAAUGUCCACAAGCUGUUAAAAUAAAUAAUUAUGUACAAAGUAAAACAAUGACACCAAAGAGAAGUGCUAGAAAUUCACCAAAUUUACCCAGAAGUGUAAAUAAAAUAAAAACACCAAAUGAUAAAAUAAAAAGUAAUGAUUUACAAAAAAAUAAAUUAACAGGUUACGACAAUAUAACAGUAAGUAGUGAUGAAGAUAGUGAAGUUUGUCAAGUUAAAUUAAAUAAUAUAAGACAUAGAGCUAUUCAAAGACGUCAAGAAGACACAAAUAAAGCAGAAGAUGAAGCUGAAAAAGCAGCAGUAUGUAUUCAAAGAAUGUGGCGGGGUUAUCAUACACGUAAUUUAAAUAAAAAGGCAACAAAUGUUUUAAAAACAAUUGAAAUGAUGAGAACUAAUAAAUAUAUUCAAAAAUUAUCAACUGACAUGGAGGCAACACGUACAGCACUUGAGAGUGAACAUAAAUUACAAUUACUUCAGAUGCAGGCAAUAAAUGCAUUGUGGAAAAAAGUUGUUAGUUUACAACCGGGCGCUAAUGAAAUAAAUAGUGGACAGAAAAAUACAGACAUUGUUACUAAUUUAGCACAGACUUGUAAUUUAUUACACAGUCAAGUUCAACAAUUACAAGAUUCAAUGACUGAAAUAAAACGUUGCAUGUCAAGUAUGCAAACGAAAGUUGUAUUAGUUGAUAAUGGUGUUGGUACACAAACUGAAAUUUCAGCAGUACACACUCCAGCUGGUGAAGAAAACACAUUUCCGUAUGCUAAACCAUUAAUUCGACCUCAAUCAUUGUCUAUACAACCAACAAUACAUGAAAACACUGAAAGUAAAUCAUUUGCAACAAAUCUUGUUGAUAGUGUUCUUAAAAAAGUAUCACAAUCAACAGAUACAACAGAUGAUGAAGUUAAUACAGAUAUACUUAAUUCAAAUUCAAAUCCUGAAUUAUUAUCUGCUGAUCAUCCGGAAAUGUUUAAAAGUUGUGAAGAAAUAGUUGAAGAUGAAUUUAAAGAAAUGGAUGGUGACUUGGAAAAAGUUAUUGAAAUUACAAAUAUUUGUGAGGAAACGAUUUGUAAAGAAUUACACAACUUUAUUGAAAAUGAAAAUGGACAGCAGAGUGUUGCUGAAAGUGACAAAGAAGAUUAAUGAUUAAUUUUAAAAAAUAACAUAACAAAUAAAUACUCAUCUAAUUAUUUUAUUAUUUAAAAAUUUAAAAAUAAAGUCUGAACGUAAUUAUAUUUUACGAAAUAAUAGUUUUAUCGAUAGUCACUGUAAAUAUAAUACAAAAAGAGUAAUUACUCGUUAAAAUAACAAUAAUUAUUUUAAAUAAAUAAAUAAAAAGACAUGACAAUUAACAGUGGAAUUAAACAUUUAUGUCAAAAAUUUUUUUUGAAGAUUAAAAAAAAGUGACUUAAAUAUUCGCCUUUUCAAGAUAUUUAAAUAUAAUUAUGCGUAAUUAAUAAAAAAAAAAGUAUAUUAUGUAAUCUAGUCCAAAUAGUUUUCUUGCUACAUAAUUGAUAUUAAUAUUCAUUGAAAUUGUUUUAAGUAUUAUGUGAGAUUUAAUUAGAAUAAUUAAUUGGUGUGAUUGAUAGUUAAUGAUAGGACUUGAUUGUUUUUUGUUGUUAAAGCUAUAACGCAUAAAAUGUGUAAUUACUUACUAAUACUAUUUAAUUAGAGCUGUAAUAGUAAACAAUAUUAAUUUUACUUUUUUAUAAAAUAAUUAUUUUAACAAUUAAAUUUAAAAAAUCUAAGUAACUUUAUAAUCUUGACAACUUGCGAUAAAAAGUUUGA